GGAAACCAAAUGGAACCAAACAUUUCCCGCGCGCUGUUACAUUGUCCCAUGUUCAGUAAAGCCAAAACAGCAAGCAAGUAAGAUGGCAAGCAUAAUUGAUGUCCCCAAACCUAGAAUAAACUGCUCCUUGCUGUCUCAGCACAUAAGCAGACCAGUGUGCUUCGUUGGACGGGUUGAGAAGGUCCACCCGACAGGAAAAACGUUCACUGUCUCGGAUGGAGAAGGAAAGGUUGCAACGGUUGAACUGAACGAACCCCUUGAGGAAGAGCUGAGCGGUGUCGUGGAAGUCAUCGGUAUGGUGUCCAACAAAGGAGCAAUAAUGGCCAACACAUACAACCUGCUAAGAGAGGACAAGGGCAUUCCUUUCGAUCUGGAGCUGUAUAAUGAGGCCCUGAAAGUCAUCCACGAUUUCCCCCAGCACUACCCUUUUGAAGUGGCAGCAAGCGGAUAAGACUCACCUCUAGAAAAUGUCGUGUUUUUUUUUGUUUUGUUUUUUUUUUGUUCACUAAAGUUGUCUUUGGUUUGUCCCAAUUGUUUGCUUCAUGUGGCCUGCUUUUGUUGUGAUUACAAUAGAUUUGUACAAAUGAAAAUCUUCAAUACCAAGUUAAUUUGUCAAUAAAAUGAAAACCUGUAAAGACCAAAUGAA